AUGAACCUGGAACGCAGUGAAUUUAAAUGGGGAUGCGUUUUGGAAAACUCCAUCUUUGAGCCAUCUCUCGGGUUUGAACAAAGCUGCAUCGGGCCCCCAGUUGUACUCCAUUCUUCCCAUGGAGUACGGUUAAUCCCACCAAGGUGCGAAACGCAAGAUCAAUGCAGCUACAAACAGAGUCAGUUGAGUGUUCUUCGUGAUUUGUCCGGACAUGAAGAGAUGGCCCAUGAGAGAGUUGUUGCGGUCGUGUCCCGGCCCGCAAUCACAAAGUUCAAAACAACAUCUCUCAAGCUCUUGUCUGUCAUGUUGUUGUCCGGAUCUUGGCUUAGCUCUAUGAAUCUCGAUAAUAUGUCAGGGUCGAUAAAUCUGAGAGUCACCGUCACGUUUGCAGAGUCAAAUGCCUUAGCAAACUCGUUGUGCGGUAAGUUUGGAGCCAAUGUCCCUAUUUCCACUCCAAAUCCCACUUUGCAUAUGGAGUCAAGUCUUUAUUACCUGCAUAUCUACUGUCUGAUUAUUGUGGGAUGCUUGACUGAGGAUUUCGGAAAGCUUAAGGCUAUACUCUCUGAAAACAACUGUGCUAAAGUCCCUCAAAUUCUUGGAUGCAAACUCGAAGCUAGCCGUUUUCCUCUGUUUUCUCCAAAGCUCCCCAUCGACAUUGAAAAUGCCGUCUCCAAGCAACACCUCCAUAUAUGA